AUGCGUCUACUCCAUUACUUUGCAUUGUCGGAAGUUUCCGACGGCAAGGUGUAUCAUCGGGUGUAUCAUCGCGCAGGGGCACAUGCCGAUUGGGACUUUUUGACUUUACUUUUCCAAAGGGACGGCCAGGAUGGGUUGGAAAUCUGUCCCGGUCGCGAGGUAGUGACGGAGUUCGAUAUUGGGGACAAAUGGACCAAGGCGAAGGGCCAGGACUGGCGAUCGGAUGACCCGUUCAAGUCGACUUUUCAUCGCGUCAAGGCCCCAUGUGAGCCCGGGGACUAUUUUGGCGACCGAUAUAGCAUUGCUUAUUUCGACCAGCCCUAUAAGGAUUCUUUGAUCCAGGGACCCUCGAACAAGUAUCCGACUGUGACUGGGGCUCAGUUUACCGACACCGCUAUGAAACGGAACUUUGCUGCUUUGCAGGAGAAAUCGAAGACGGUCGCAGCGGCCUAA